AUGAAGCCCAGUGCACCUCUUCCUUUAAGGGCCCUUCGACAGGCCACUCUCAGUAGCCGACUAUCCAUCCCCGCUUCGGCGAGAUGGCAGCAUUCCCGGGCUAUGUCAACUGUUGUUGACUACCAUCCUCAGACCUCGCAGCCGCCUCCUCCUCCCGCGGGAGCUAAUGAUGCUGUUGAGAAGCAGAGGGCUGAGAAGAGGAAGCAGAUUCUGAGGGAGGCUGUUUCGUCGACGCAGGUUCGACAUGAUUGGACGAAGGAUGAGAUCGCUGCUAUUUAUUAUCAACCUGUUCUUGAGCUGGCGUACCAAGCUAGCACUGUACACCGUCGAUGGCAUAACCCAGCCGAAGUGCAACUCUGCACCCUGAUGAACAUCAAAACCGGCGGUUGCACCGAAGACUGCUCGUACUGCGCCCAAUCCACCCGUUACCAAGAAGGCACCAAAGUCCCAGCCAAACGAGUCGAGAGCGUCGAGAGCGUCCUCGCAGCCGCGCGAACAGCUAAAGAGAAAGGAAGCACUCGCUUCUGCAUGGGCGCCGCGUGGCGAGACAUGCGCGGACGCAAAAACAGCCUCAAGAACAUCAAGGCCAUGGUGGAAGGCGUCAAGGGUAUGGGCAUGGAGGUUUGCGUAACGUUGGGGAUGAUCGACGCUGAGCAGGCAAAGGAGCUCAAGGCGGCGGGUCUCACGGCGUACAACCACAACGUCGACACUAGUCGAGAGUUUUACCCGAAUGUUAUCACGACGCGCAGCUACGAUGAGCGGUUGCAGACGCUGAGCCAUGUUCGCGAUGCUGGCAUCAAUGUUUGCUCUGGUGGAAUUUUGGGUCUUGGAGAGACCAGUGAAGAUCGCGUUGGUUUGCUUCACACUGUUUCGACGCUUCCAAGUCACCCGGAGAGCUUCCCUGUCAACGCCCUGGUUCCUAUCAAGGGUACGCCACUUGGUGAUAGACCCAUGGUCGAGUUCACAAGCAUGCUGCGCACUAUCGCCACGGCCCGCAUCAUCAUGCCCUCGACCAUCAUCCGCAUUGCAGCAGGUCGCAAGACCAUGUCAGAGGAGAAACAAGCGCUUUGCUUCAUGGCUGGCGCGAACGCCAUCUUCACAGGCGAAAAGAUGCUCACGACUGAGUGUAACGGCUGGGAUGAAGAUGCGGCCAUGUUUGGCCGAUGGGGUCUCGAGCCCAUGAAGAGUUUCAACAAGUCACCUCAGCCAGCUCCUGAGGUGCGAGUUCUGUGA